GUCGAAGGCCAAGACGGCCGAUGUUUAGGGGAGAUCCAGGCGGCGGUUAGAUAUAAAACUCGCCAUGCUUGGCUGACUCUCUGACGCUUUGAGAUCCGCUUUCUACCCUGUCGUGCUCUCGUUGCGUUCACCUAUACUCUCCCGCAGGCUGAACCUUCCACCGCGCUGAGCAGAACGAACCACAGACGAGUAGUUGGUGCGUCGACAAUGUCUGGACGUCACGAUCCUCGUCUCCUUUACAGCAUCUCCGGCAUUCAUGCCUAUUUCCUGCAAAAUGGCGAAGAGCAGCCCCUCACUCCCUCCGGCCCUCAAACACUGUCCCUCCUCAUGGUGCCAACCAACUCGCCUUUCGCCGACCUGAGCUCCACGCAGGGCACCGAUACUGCUGCUCCUGAAGAAGACUUCUACUUGCACCUGAAUCUACCUCCCGAGCUCGAUCUGCCCCUUCCAGCGACGACUCAGAUUUAUCACCAGCCGCCGCGCUCGUACCUCAUUCCGAGAUGGGACUUGGGACCCGAUAGUGGCGCAUUUACGAGAAUUGAAUUCCCGCCCAUCGGAACGGGACCCGGUCGUUGUACCCAGGAGGAUGUAGACACAUUCGAGACGAUACUUGCGCAGUGUACCGCCUUCUUGGAGAGGGCACAGCCGCCGUCUGCCGAGGGUGCAUAUCCUUCGGAAAAGAGCGGUUAUGAUACCCCGACAAAGAGUUACAACCCCGCAGACUACAAGCCAGGAGAAGGAUAUGCUCACGGCACUGGAUCGUCAUCCCAUGGCCACAUUGUGCUUAUCGACGAGGAGAAUGGCAGUGUUAUGGGCGAGAUGAGUCAAGAGCCGCAAUACAUCGACGACUCAAAAGUCCAACCUGGCAAGAAAGACCCAGUUGAGAUUCAGAUUUCGCCUGACGGCAAGAAGAUUGUCGUCGCCCCCAUCUCAGAGGAAUAUCUGCGCUUGGCAAACCACCCCGCCUAUAAGAACUCGUCCAUUGUGCAAAACGCCGCCGCCGCAUCCCGCCUCAUAGUCACAGGCUCCUCGUACCUAUCCAAUCUCAUGACCUCCGGCGCGGAAGGCUUCACUGCACGCACAAAGCCCGCCACUAAACCGAUAACCUUCACCGAGACCACUCACGCGCGCGUGCGCAAGAUCAGCUCGGCUACGACAAGCAUCGCCGGGCUCAGCGCAAAGACCGUAGGCAAGGUCACAGAUUACGCGCAGAAUAUGAGCGCGAAAAUGGUCGGAAAAGAUUCUGAGCGAAGGAAGAAUGGCAAGGAGCCCAAGCCAGGCGUGCUGAACAAGAGCAUGAUUGCGUUCUCCACGGUCAUGGAUGGCAUAGCGACGAGUGGCAAGCACCUGCUUACAAGUGGUGGUGCCGCGGCGAGCACCGUUGUUGGACACAAAUGGGGCCCUGAAGCUGGGCAAUUGGCGGCUGAGUUGGCCGGCGGCAUAAAGAACGUUGGAUUGGUAUAUAUCGACGUUACAGGUGUGUCCCGUCGCGCGAUCAUCAAGUCGGUGGCCAAGGGCAUGAUUGUCGGAAAGGUCAAGACCAAAGGAGGCCAGACGGCAGAUAUCGUUGUUGGUGGCGGUGACGGCGGAGAGAUUCCAGUCAACGACAUGCACAAAGGGGACGCAAAGGGAGUCGUCGGCAACAACGGCAAUUUUGGACCGGACAGUGGUGCACCCUCUGUCGUUGGGUUCGGUAACGCAGCACCACCGUCUUAUACGGCCGGCAGCACCAGCUCGAUUGGUGAGAACAUCGCAGGAAGCCGAGUGAAAGGUGGGUAUCCACCUGAGAAGACUGCGGCACCACAGUGGCGGUGAGCUCGCAAAACCCGACAGGAUACAGGGCAUAGUAAACAAGGGCGGAAGGUUGCACAAGGGAACAUGAAAAAGCAAAUGGAUUGUUAAAUUUUCGAUCUUCACACAAACCCUCUGAGCCUCCUGAAUUAUGAUAUACCCGAGCUGUGAUCCUUACUCUUUUUCAUAUUGUCUUCUACGAGAUUGUUAAUGUUAACCAUAGUGUUAAGCCAAUCGAAUAUUGCGUUCAUCUUUGA